AUGCGGUCUUUGUACCAUCAUCUCAUUAUCCUUUUGAGUUUAUUCUCCCUCGCCUGGUGUGACGAGCUCGACGACUACGACUACACAGUUGAACAAUACGAUGACACAUGGGAAGUCUACCGCAACAAUCAACGCCUCAACAGCUUCGUCAUCGACAAGGCCCGUGGGCGCAUCAUCAUUGAGGAGGCCUAUAAUGCGUGGUACGACUCGCCGCCGAGACUCAGGCUGCGUGACAUCAUGGUAUACAUUUGGGUUCGGGCCGACAUGUCUCUAUCGGAGCUCACAUCGGUCCAGAUCAGGGACGUGUCAAACCAGGGCACGAUGGAUGCCAUUAAGGAUGCUCGGGUAUCCACUGGGAUUCAAGCCCCGACCGACUUCACGGUGGAAGAGAACGACACUGGCUGGCGCGAUUUGAUCAAGGCAGACUUUUACUACACAUGCAGCCAGCUACAAAAGCUUCUUGGGGUUUUAAACCCAGCCGAGGACUACGACAAGAAGCCAGUGGAACUUGAAGCUGACCCGGAAAUCGGUGGGAUAGGGGCCGUGCUUGAAUUGUGCGAUAUUCGGCCGCUGAGAGGAUUCGGUAUCCUCCUCAGCGGCUACAUGGAUUUAUUCGUCGAUACCAUCUCGGCAUACCCCUGCUACAUCAUCGUCUAUCUGGUCUGGUUCUCAAAUCUCAUCCAUGUCGCUUUCCUAUCUUCGGAACUCAUCGAUUGCGCCCGCCUGCUUCGAGUUGGCGCUUCUGCUGAAAUCAACGAGAACGAUUGGGGCUUUGGUCAAAUCCUUCCCUUGUUUCUACUCAUCGGGCCCGACAUUGCCACUAAGAAGGGCACGGCAAAAGCAAUGAAGAAGACAACCAAGACAAGAAGCACGGGGUCUGAUGCAGAUAUCCCAGAGGAAAAACCAAUCGGAUUGAGAAGAAGAUUGACUACGGAUCUAUCAGAGGCUGCCACUUCUCGCCUACACGACACCGGAUCGACUAUGAGCUCAGUCUCCGAUCCUGACAACAGUAAAACCAAUACUCAGCCCCUCAACCAGGUGUCCCAGAUACACACGGAACCAACAGAGUUUGGCGGGAUGCAGUCAAGUGGAAUCCUAUCUGCACGGCACAUGAAUACAGCAGAUAUCAACACGCAGAUGCGAGAUGUACUUGUCGCUCACUGCAACGAGACACUAAACACAGGCAUGAUCGAUGCUAAGAGCCUGAGAAGCCAUUUCAAGGACUGCUAUACCAAGUCCAAGUCCAUGGAACAUGUUAUCGUGCUUGCCUGUGCCCUGGUAAUUGCUGUGACUGUCGCAUUCUUUCUUGCGUUUCAUGGCGUAGAAAUAGGCCAAAUCGGAAGAUUUUGCGGCCGAUCCCGAUCUGGAUUCAGAGAACAUCCUACUCUUUUUUGGCAGACGUCGUCUUCAUCCAGCCAUUGA